AUGCGGAUGCAGAAGCAGAGAGCAGCAUCCUCUGUGCCCAGCUGUGUGUCCUUAAAGAGUGACUGGUCAAUGGGCCAUCCUUUAAAUUUUAAAGAUCAAUGCGACUCUGUUGAGAGAAGGAAGCAGAAGCAGAGACCAGCUUCCCCUGUAUCCAGCUGUGUGUCCUUAAAGAGUGACUGGUCUAUGGGCCAUCCUUUAAAUUUUAAAGAUCGGUGUGAGUCUGUUGAGAGAAGAGUCCACCAGCAAAAGUCCGAGACUGGUUGUAAUCAGCCUGACCAGCAGCAUCAAACAGACCUGGACUCCAUAUUUAUGCUUCUUGAAGAGAAUAUUGUCAGUUUUGUUAAGAAUGAGCUGAAGAGGUUCCAGAGGAUUCUGAGUCAUCCAGACUUCAGAGAAUGCUCAGAAGAGUGGAGAAAAGAUGAGAGUGGAGUGGACAGUGUGGAAGAGGAGCAGAGGAGGAGCAGGAGGGAGGCGUUGGUGAAGAUCACACUACACUUUCUCAGGAAAAUGAGGCAGGAUGGGCUGGCUGACUGUCUGCAGAACAGAACUAAUGCUGCUAUCUGCCAGUGCAAACUCAAAUCUAAUCUUGAGAAUAAAUUUCAGUGUUUGUUUGAGGGAGUUGCUAAAGCCGGAGACCGAACACCUCUGAAUCAGAUCUACACACAUGUCUGCCUUACAGAAGGAGGGACUGGAGAGGUCAAUGAUGAACAUGAAGUCAGACAGAUUGAAAUAGCAUCCAGGAAACCAGCGAGAUUGGAAACCAUAAUCGCAUGUAAAGACUUAUUUCAUCCCCUACCUGAAAGAAACCAACCAGUCAGAACAGUGAUGACAAAGGGAGUGGCUGGCAUUGGGAAAACAGUCUUAACACAGAAGUUCACUCUGGACUGGGCUGAAGACAAAGCCAACCAGGACAUACACUUCACAUUUCCAUUCACUUUCAGAGAGCUGAAUGCGCUGAAAGAGAAAAAGUACAGCUUGGUGGAACUUGUUCAUCACUUCUUUACUGAAACCAAAGAAGCAAGAAUCUGCAGGUUUGAAGAGUUCCAUGUUGUGUUCAUCUUUGACGGUCUGGAUGAGUGUCGACUUCCUCUGGACUUCCACAACACUGAGAUCCUGACUGAUGUUACAGAGUCCACCUCAGUGGAUGUGCUGCUGACAAACCUCAUCAGGGGGAAACUGCUUCCCUCUGCUCGCCUCUGGAUAACCACACGACCUGCAGCAGCCAAUCAGAUCCCUCCUGAGUGUGUUGACAUGGUGACAGAGGUCAGAGGGUUCACUGACCCACAGAAGGAGGAGUACUUCAAGAAUAGAUUCAGAGAUGAGGAGCAGGCCUGCACCAUCAUCUCCCACAUCAAGACAUCACGAAGCCUCCACAUCAUGUGCCACAUCCCAGUUUUCUGCUGGAUCACUGCUACAGUUCUGGAGGAUGUGUUGAAAAGCAGAGAGGGAGGAGAGCUGCCCAAGACCCUGACUGAGAUGUACAUCCACUUUCUGGUGGUUCAGUCCAAACUGAAGAACAUCAAGUAUGAUGGAGGAGCUGAGACAGAUCCACACUGGAGUCCAGAGAGCAGGAAGAUGAUUGAGUCUCUGGGAAAACUGGCUUUUGAGCAGCUGCUGAAAGGCAACCUGAUCUUCUAUGAAUCAGACCUGACAGAGUGUGGCAUCGAUAUCAGAGCAGCCUCAGUGUGCUCAGGAGUGUUCACAGAGAUCUUUAAAGAGGAGAGAGGGCUUUACCAGGACAAGGUGUUCUGCUUCGUCCAUCUGAGCCUUCAGGAGUUUCUGGCAGCUCUUCAUGUCCAUCUGACAUUCAUCAACUCUGGAGUCAAUCUGCUGGCAGAAGGACCACAGUCAACCCCUCACAGGUCUAGGCCAGACAACCCUGCAGUACAACUCUUCUACCAGACUGCAGUGGAAAAGGCCUUAAAAAGUCAAAAUGGACACUUGGACUUGUUCCUCCGCUUUCUCCUGGGCUUGUCAGUCCAGACCAAUCAGACUCUCCUGAAAGGCCUGCUGACAAAGACAGAAAGCGGCUCACAGACCAAUCAGGAAACAAUCCAGUAUAUCAAGGAAAACAUCGGGCAGAAUGUGUCUGCAGAGAGAAGCAUCAAUCUGUUCCACUGUCUGAAUGAACUGAAUGAUCGUUCUCUAGUGGAGGAGAUCCAACAGUACUUGAGUUCAGGAAGUCUCUCCACAGAUGAACUCUCUCCUACUCAGUGGUCAGCUCUGGUCUUCAUCUUACUGUCAGCAGGAGAAAAGCUGGAUGUAUUUGACCUCAGGAAAUACUCCGCCUCAGAGGAGGCUCUUCUAUGGCUGCUGCCAGUGGUCAAAGCAUCCAGUAAAUCUCUGCUGGGUGGCUGUAACCUAUCAUCGAGAAGCUGUAAAGCUCUGGCCUCCAUUCUCAGCAGCCAGUCCUCUAGUCUGAGAGACCUGGAUCUGAGUUACUGUGACCUAGAGGACUCAGGGAUGGCACGGUCUUUGGACCUGGAGAAUCCAGACUGCAAACUUGAAGCUCUCAGGUUAAAUGGCUGUAAGCUGUCAUGGAAGAGCUGUCAGUCCCUGUUGUCAGUGAUCUGCUCUCAGUCCUCUUGUCUGAGAGAGCUGGACCUGAGUAACAACAACCUGCAGGAUUCAGGACUGAAGCGGUUCUCUGCAAACUUUACUCUGGAAAUCCUCAGAUUGAAUGGCUGCAACUUGUCAAGUAACAGCUGUGAACAUCUGGCUUCAGUUCUCAGCAGUGAGCCCUCUGGUUUGAGAGAGCUGGAUCUGAGUAACAACGACCUGCAGGAUGUAGGAGUGAAGCUGCUCUCUGAUGGAAUAGAGAGUCCACACUGCAAACUGGAAGCUCUCAGCUUGUCAGGCUGUCUGAUCACAGAGGAAGGCUGUGAGUCUCUGGCUUCAGCACUGAGGUCCAACCCUUCCCAUCUGAGAGAGCUGGACCUGAGCUACAAUCAUCCAGGAGACUCAGGAGUGAACAUUCUGUCUGCUGGACUAGACGAUCCACACUGGAGACUGGACACUCUCAGGUUGGAAAAUUGUGGAGUCCAGCAGUUGAAACCAGGACUCAGGAAGUAUGCCUGCGAACUCACAAUGGACCCAAACACAGCACACAGAAACCUGUUCCUACUUGAGAACAACAUUGUGGUAGAGAAGGAAGAGGAAGAGGAGCAGUCAUAUCCUCAUCACCCUGAAAGGUUUCACUUCUGGUACCAGCUGCUGUGUAGAAAUGGUGUGACUGGCCGUCGGUACUGGGAGGUCCUGUGGAACGGACUGGUAUCUAUAGGAGUGACUUACAGAGGAAUCAAGAGGAGUGGACACGGUGAUGACAGCAGGAUUGGAGGGAACAACAGGUCCUGGUGUCUGGACUGCUCUGCUGUUAGUUACUUUGCCUGGCACAAUAAUAAAGUGAAAAUCAUACACAGGCCCGUCCCGUCCAGUGCACGCAACAGAGUAGGUGUGUAUGUGGACUGGUCUGCUGGUACUGUGUCCUUCUACAGAGUCUCCUCUGACACACUGAUCCACAUCCACACCUUCCACUGCACCUUCACUGAACCCCUCUACCCUGCUUUUAGGAUUCGGUCUGAGUUUACAUAUGGACUCUGCAACUCACUGUCUCUGUGCUGAAGAGACACACUCACUCUGGUGCCUGAUAAGCUAGUUGAAUGUACAGAGUUUCUUUUAAAAGUGUACCUACUUUGACAAGAUAAUUGUAUAUAGAGGAAAGUUAUUUUAUUUUACAGAGAUGUUUAACAUAGAAUAUUCUACAUGUAUAAGCUGAACAUGACAGGGUCAGUUCAUCCAAACAUUCCCUUAGCUCUAGCAGGAUCUAACUAUAGAUUAUAGUUUCUGUUUUGGAGCUGUAGAACUUCAUAGCCCAUUGUUUCCAACUGAAGAUGCAAAUCUUUAAAAAGGUUUAUAUGUUGCGGUUUUGAGAU